UUUACAUUUAUCUCAUGACCAAAUCGUAACUGAAAACCUUUCCCUGGUGAACUUUUAAUAUAUGAAGCACGAGGAAACAUCUAUUUGUUAUACUUUUCCCCCCCACAGUAAGAUAGACUCAUCACAUCGGUGGAUACAAAGCAUUUUAUGCAUUUAUCAUAAUGAUAAUGUUGGUUCUAGGAGAUCUGACCUGUUAAUUUAGAGAGAAAAAACGAAUGACAAAUAACAAUUUUCCCUCAAAGACUAGCUAACAAUGAAAGUUGUGGAUAAUUAUAUUUUAAAUAUAAUGUGUGUAUGUGAGACUGUGUGAGUUGAUCCACAGUGAAAAUGAAGGCACAGAAGAGAGUCACGAGCACAGACAGCGCGGUGACUGAGGCUGGACGCUUUGUCAGUGAGAACUUAAAAAUGGAUGUGUCUAAAAGGAUCAUCAGAAAUCUGGAACCAGCGAGACCACUGCGCCGUCUGAACAUAAAUCAAGUGCCUAAAAGUUAUGCUGAAAUUAAGCCGGUAGAAAAGCCAGACAACAUUAUUAAAGUGGAGCAUUUCUAUGAAAUCCUGCAUCUUCAAAGCACCAGCACCCAACCAAAGAAGAAAGCCGAAAGAAUUUGCUACACUCGGGAAUUCCUCAUCAAGUUGGCAAGUUGUCCAGUGGCUAAGAAGAAACCUGAGUUUUUACCAGAACAUCCAAUCGUUUUGGAGAAUGGAAGAACAAAUUAUGUGCCUGAGUACUUCAUCAACAACUACAACAACAAUGAGGACUUGGCUGCUUAACGUGGGGAAUUUCUUAGUCUUUUUUUUUUUUUAAUUGACCUAAAACUGCACUGCAUGGGGACCAAGUGGAAAGUGGUUAAAUUGAUAACUUUUAUGGGUAUGAAGGUUACAAAAACAUUUAAUCUUAAGCUUUUCAAUGAAAACAGAAGUUAUGUAAAGACAAACAUUAAUACAGCUAAGAAAUUGUAAAAACUUCUAACAGGUGUUGCAAUGCUUGUUCCUAACCAGUCCACAGUACAGAGAGUUAAAUGAUACUGACAGCACUGAUGCCUUGAUCCUCACACAAAAUUCCACAUCCUAAUUUGUCGUGGUAACCUCGUUCUCCUUCCUUGACCAUACACUUUCGUUUUACCUUGUCAAACUCAGGCUUUUGAUCUUUGCCUAAUGUAGGGUGUUACUACACUGCUCUAAAACAGUUGUUCUAGAUUCAUGGUCUGUGGUGUUAAAAUUAGUUUUUUGUGGAUAUUUGGUCUUGAAGUGUUUAAGAUUGAAGUGCACUUUAAAUUAUAGACUGACUUCUGGCAAGUUCAUAUGCCUGAGUUACACUUUAGAGAGUCAGAUUGGAAAUGUUUUCACUUUGCUUAACUGUAUCAAGACUGGACAUUAUAGAGAGAAUGAGACUGGCAAGCAAAACUCUCAUUAUCAUUUGACAAUUAUUGAGCCUGUGGAUGGGUAAUAAUAAGCUUUUUUUUUUUUAAGUGAAGUUAGCUAUUUUCAUUUUUUGCAAGCAGCACACUUGAAAAUAGAUUUCUUUAUUUAUAUGCAUAUGUCUCAAAUUUAUUUCAUUCAUUACUGUGAAGUGGAUUGGAGCACCAAAUAAGUGUUUGUCACAGUACUGUAGCCUUUUCAGUAUUAUCUUAUUAAAGGUUAUUAGAAAAAAAUGUAAAAAUAAUUGACCAAUCUGGAUCUUAUGCAAGGAUUUUUUUUUAUUUCCCCCGAUUUGCACAUCUGGGCAGAGGCAAUAUUUGCUUUUUGUAUCACACUGUAAUUUGUCAACUCAUUGUCUCAAUUUGAAAUUGGAUUUUAGUCCACUAAAUACA